CCCGUGGCUGCCUCUAGAGGGCGCCCGGGAGGCCGGUUUACCAGUCUCCCUUUGCCCGCUCCCGACGCUUCGUUCCCGAGCUGAGCAAACUUUUGGAGUUUCUCCUCCUCUUGCGUCAUGGAAAAGGUUGGAGGGUGACCCGGACAGUGGGAGGCGAGGAGCCGGGCGAGCGCCCCUGGUCUAGCGGCCCAGCCCCAGAACCGGUGUGGGUGUGUGGGUUGCUACUCUGCGAGACCGUGGGGAGGCUGGGCUCACUCUCGAUCCCGGACUGGGCAGAUCGGCCUAGAGAGCCCAGGCAGACGGACGGACACCUCCUCCUCGCCGGCAGCGCCAGCUCGCAGGAGCUCGAGGGCCAGCUGCCUUCCUGAGGCUCCUGCAGCUGCUCAAAGUUCCCGCGGGGCACCCGAAGCCGGAGCGCCGGCCCUCUUUUCGCCACUCCCAGCCCUUCGGACCUCGCAGCUCCUGUUUCUCCUUCCACCUAGUAGCCUUCCUGGAGCGGGUGCCCGAGUCCUCGGCCUCUACGAGGGAGAGAGUAGGGGCGUGCUUGGGUGUGUUUGUGGAUGUGUGGUUACAAGAUGGAGUGAAGGGAGCCCCAGUGCCACCCGCGCGCCUCGAGGGCUGCGAGCGCAGGUGGGCCUCUGAGUUGGGGCCACCCUGCUUCCCGGGCGCUGCGCCGGGGACUGCAUCCCUCUCUCCUUCCCAUCCCUCGGUCCAAACGGAAGUGCCUCUGUUUUUGCUGAACUCCUCUGGCGGCUUUCUCUCCUCCGCCCUCCCUGCGACUCUCCCUCUCUUCGUCCAUCCUUCUCUCCCUCCCUCCCUCUCCAAUCAGCCCUCCCCCUCUGGACACAAGAACCCGGAAUAGCAUUUUUUUUUUUAAAACUAGCCUCUUGUAGUCGUUGCAGUUGAUUGCUGAGGUGCCUCUCAGUCCUGGGAGGUUUGCCGAUCGCUGCCCAGCCGGGACUCGGAGAGAAGCCAACAGGAUCACACUUCAUUCCCAACUCUUCUGCCUUUUUUUUUUUUUUUGAGAAAUACCGCUCUGCGUGUGUGUCUGCGUGUUUGUGAGUGUGAAAUUUGCGUUUUGUUCCCGUCGGCGCGGAUCUGGGGGAGAGCUCUUGUAGCCACUGUGGGUGGUUUGUGUUUUGUGGGUUGGUUUGUGUUUUAAUGAUUGAUUUUAUCCGGUGCUUUCCUCCGCGUCCUCUGCUGUCGCUCCUAGUUUCUGGCUCUUCGCUUUGAGUCAGUUUCAGGCGGGUGGAAACUGACCAAGAAUUAAGCAAACAAAAGAUUCCAAAAGAAUCCUGGCUGAGGGGUUCCUCCACUACCUUUUUGAUUCCUCUCAGCCUCCCUCCGCAGGCAGUGAGGAGGGUUGUUUUUUGGGGGGUGGGGAGGGUGGAGAGGGAGGACAAGUGUUCGAGCCAAGGGUUCGGGGCCCAAAGAAACUUCCCCAAGACCCUCCUUUUUCUCUGAAUCUAGGUUUGCUUCAUGUUCUGUUUUGAAUUGAAAGUUCACGUGAAUUUUCCCGAGGUCUUGUGUAAGCCUUGGAUUGUUGUUGUUUUCUUUUCCCCCGGAUCUUGUUGGGAAGCGGGAGGGAGGUGUCCACCCUUGGAUUUAUUUCAGCCUUGUUAGGUUUUCCUUUUGCCCCUCUUGGGCUUUUUGGAAUUUUUUUAAACCUAGUUCCUAAGUAGAGAAAAGGGAAGAAAGCAAAAAAUCCUUAAGUAUCCCGCACAAGAAAACCAACCAGUGAGUAACUUUUGGAGGGAGCUGUUAGUUGCUUUUCAUUUUAAACUAUUUUUUUUCUUGGGGCACUGUUCUCACUUAAAGUACCUUCUUUGGCCUCCUGGCCCCUGUUUUACAGUGCUGGUAUCUAGGUGUGAUUUUUUUUUUCCUUUUGGGAGGCUUAGGGAGGAAAGAGAUGUAAAAUUGCAGCCCAGAGCAGGCUGUGGGAAAACAAGAGGCCAGAUGGAGACCGUGAGAUGAGUACCUAAUAGGUGAUGGUGUCCUGGCAGGACCCACUUCUCUGGCCUGUAUUGUCACCUCGAACCAAACCAGAGCCUUACUGGAACAGACUGUUUGAACCCCUCUCUGGGCUAUGUCACUUUCCACCAAGGGAGUAAGACUGUGUGGAAUGCAAGGGCCAUACUUGAAUUUCUGGCCUGUGUUGAGGGUAAAGGGGCAAGAUUGUCGUGAAUCCUUGACAACUGUGUGUGUGUGUUUCUGGAUGUGCAUGUCAGAAGGUCCUGUCUUUACUUAAGUUUACUUGGGAUCUGAGCUGCACCCUCUUCCUCUCUGCCUUUCCCCUAGACUUUCCUUCCCUAUCAAAAAAACAAAACAAAACCCAACCCCAACCAUGGCAUUGAAAGGCCGAGCACUUUAUGACUUCCAGAGUGAAAACAAAGAGGAGAUCAGCAUCCAACAGGAUGAGGAGCUGGUGGUCUUCAGCGAGACCUCCUUGGAUGGCUGGCUGCAGGGGAAGAACAGCCGGGGGGAGACCGGGCUCUUCCCUGCCUCCUACGUGGAGAUCCUCCGAUCUCGUUGUGAUUCCAACUAUACAGACUAUUCAAACAGCCCAGCCAGCUGUCCUAGCAAUGAGACUUCUUUCUACGUCACCCCUGUGGUCAACACAGGCAUCAUGUCUCACCAGGGCAGCUUCGAGGAUGAUGAUGAGGACUGGGAUGAUUGGGAUGAUGGGGGCACCGUGGUGGAGGAGCCACGGGGUGUUGGGCUGGGUACCAACGGGCACCCCCCUCUCAACCUGUCCUAUCCCGGUGCCUAUCCCAACCAACAUAUUAGCUUCCGACCCAAGCUACCCCUAGAGCGCCAGGACAGCACCGCCUCUGGCAAGCGGGGUAGCGUGGUCGGGCGAAAUCUGAACCGCUUCUCCUGUUUUGUUCGCUCGGGUGUGGAAGCCUUUAUCCUGGGCGAUGUGCCCAUGAUGGCCAAGAUCGCUGAGGCCUACUACAUUGAAAUGGGUCCCAAAGGCCCUCAGUGGAAGGCCAGCCCUCACCCCUUUGCCUGCUCUGUGGAAGACCCCACCAAGCAGACCAAAUUCAAGGGGAUCAAAAGCUACAUCUCCUAUAAACUCACACCCAGCCACGUGGGCUCGCCCGUCUACCGGCGCUACAAGCAUUUCGACUGGCUCUACAACAGGUUGCUGCACAAGUUCACAGUGAUCUCAGUGCCCCACCUGCCCGAGAAGCAGGCCACGGGCCGCUUCGAGGAGGACUUCAUCGAGAAACGCAAGCGCAGGCUGAUCCUGUGGAUGGACCACAUGACCAGCCACCCGGUGCUGUCCCAGUACGAGGGCUUCCAGCACUUCCUCAGCUGCCUGGACGACAAGCAGUGGAAGAUGGGCAAGCGACGGGCGGAGAAGGAUGAGAUGGUGGGGGCCAGCUUCCUCCUGACCUUCCAGAUCCCCACUGAGCACCAGGACCUCCAGGAUGUGGAGGACCGCGUGGACGCCUUCAAGGCCUUCAGCAAGAAGAUGGACGAUAGUGUGCUGCAGCUCGCCAACGUGGCCUCGGAGCUCGUGCGCAAGCACAUUGGGGGCUUCCGGAAGGAGUUCCAGAAGCUGGGCAAUGCCUUCCAGGCCAUCAGCUACUCCUUCCAGCUGGACCCCCCCUACAGCUCGGACGCCCUCAACAAUGCCAUCUCCCACACAGGCAAGACCUACGAGACCGUGGGUGAGAUGUUUGCUGAGCAACCCAAGAAUGACCUCUUCCAGAUGCUGGACCGCCUCUCCCUCUACCAGGGCCUGCUCUCCAAUUUUCCUGACAUUAUCCACCUGCAGAAAGGUGCCUUCGCCAAGGUCAAAGAGAGCCAGCGCAUGAGCGACGAGGGCAAGAUGGACCAGGACGAGGCCGACGGGAUCCGCAAGCGCUGCCGUGUGGUGGGCUUCGCCCUGCAGGCCGAGAUGAACCACUUCCACGAGCGUCGGGUACUGGACUUCAAGCACAUGAUGCAGUCCUACCUGCGGCAGCAGAUUCUCUUUUACCAGCGGGUCAGCCAGCAGCUGGAGCAGACCUUGCGCAUGUAUGACAGCCUCUAACCCUGUCUCCUUUGCCUCUCCGGCUGAGCCUCUGCUCCAGCCUUCCCCUCCCCUAGUGCAGGCCUCAGCGGCACAGAUGUCUGCUCAGGUAGAGAGAGAGCCUCCAGGGCUUCCUCAGAAGGAUGGCCGAGUCCCACUUUCCCCUGUUCCUUUUGUACGGUUAACCAGUCCCUCUCCCCCUCUCCUUUGUAGGUGUAUGUCUGCCCGAGGGUGGUCUGACUUCAUGGGGUGGGUUUAGAGGAAAUCAGUCCCCUUCUGGGAGGCUCUCACAGUGACUGCCUUGAUCCCCAGCUAGAGCAGGGCCCGUGUCUCCCUGCUUUGAAAAAGGGACCAGAGUAGGGCGAGAGGGAUCUGGUUUCUAGCUUUGAGUGACCCGGCUUCCUCAUCAUGGGAAGUGGGAGCAGAGGCAGAUAGGGGAGAGGGAGCCUUUGGAGACCAAAGGCCGUGGUGGCCUAGAGAGAGAACCCAGGAGAGCCUGUUCCCCAGCCCUAAAUCCUUACCUAAAUAAAAUAUCAGGACCCUGUGAAGCAGGGUCAUUCCUAGACAUCCCUGGAUAGGGUUAUGGGGCAAAUCCAAGCAUCCCCUUCUUUCUGCUGAAAACCUUAGGGCUUCUUCACCUGUCUUCCCCCUGAACCACAGCCACUGUCUACUCAUGGCACAGAUUCUGGCUGUUGGCUUCCCUUUGUGAUAGGGAAUCUAGCCAAAGCCUAGAGGAGGGAUGAAGACUGGGGGCCGAGAUAGCUGCCCAGUCUCUAACUCUACCUUUUUGUAGUCCUGUUCCUGCUGGCCAGUGGGUCAGGGGACACUGCAAUCCCUCCUAACACCAGGUCCCUUGGUGGGGUUUUACCAGGGGCCCCUAAGGCCCAGGUGAGGUCUUUCCCUGGUUUGACCCCAUCCUUCUUACCUCCCACCCCCCCAAAGUUAUGAGGCCCCCUGUGGGAGCUGCCUGGGCACUAGCCCGGAUCGACAUGCUUGGCAGUCUUCUGCAUCCUGAACCCAUGCUCCAAACCCAUAGAUAACCCUGGCUCUUACUCUGGAACUGAACUUCCCUGAUAUUUGUGCCCACCAGCAUAUAACCUAUGAGAUCAGGGCCCAGAUAGCGUAGAUUCCACAAGGCCUUAAAAGACCCCUUGAGUGCCUUUUGAUCCCCUUAAACCUCAAGCAUGGAGAGGAGCUGCCAGCUCUGCCUGCUGGUGAAUGGCAGAGAAUCUGUGGGACAGAAGGGAAGGGCAGGGGAGCUCAUCUCCCCUUGGAGCCCUGCUGGCUCCCGUCCCCUCUUCUUGCACGCACUGUGAUGCCAGCCUGGCCUCCUUGAGGCUCGGCAGAGAUGGCUCUGGUCGUUGUUUACAUCCCAGUGGGAGCUGCCCACACACCCUGUUGGUUUUGGGGGGUAGAGAGGGGGGAGGGGUGCCACCUGACAGUGGCCACACAGGCAGAUGUGGGCCACAGCUUGGGGUGCCCCUGUAGGCCUCAGACAGCCCCUCUCGCUUUUGUUUGUUUUUUUUUUCUCAAAAGAACUUUUACAAUUAAAACAGCAGAGUCACAUUUUUUUCUUAA